AUGACUUCCACUCAACCCCUCAUCGGUGUGGCUGCAGCGCUGGCGGCAAAAAACUCGACACCGGCAAAGCCGACCACACCCGCCAUCUACCAGCAGUUCUCCCUUACUGACCGCGUCGCCUUGAUCACAGGCGGGAACGGUGGCCUUGGUCUCGAAGCCGCACUCGCUUACCUUGAAGCUGGAGCGCGUGCGGUAUACUGUGUUGACCUACCCGCUCAACCAAGCGAAGCAUGGUCAGCAGUGAAAGAGUACGCGACAGCCAUAGGACUCCAAGGUCGUCUCGAGUACGUCCAAGGAGAUGUGACCGUACAGAAGGCCAUGUGGGACAUCGCGCAGGAUAUCGGAGACAAAGAAGGUCGGAUGGACGUUUGCGUAGCAGGCGCGGGUAUCACGGACAGAGCUACACCGCCGUUGGACUACGCUGCCGCAGACUAUGACAAGAUCAUUGACGUCAAUCUCAAAGGUGUACUGUAUUCAGCUCAGGCGGCUGGACGCCAGAUGACACGCUUCGGCACUCCUGGAAGCAUCAUUCUCAUCGCCUCGGUUGCUGGGCUUAUCGCCACAAAGGGUCUUCUUAUGACUGGAUACUAUGCCAGCAAGGGAGGCGUCAUCAACCUAAUGCGCGCACUGGCCGUCGAACUCGCGGAGAAGAACAUCCGCGUGAACUCGCUUUCUCCGGGCUUCAUCUGGACACCGAUGGUAUCGGGAGCGGUCAGCAAGAACGGUGCUACCGGCGAGUUCUUCAAGUCGCAGAACCCGAUGAAGCGCAUCGGGGAGCCACACGAGAUUCGCGGCCCGAUGGUAUGGCUCGCGAGUGAUGCGUCAAGUUAUAGCACUGGAAGCAACAUUGAGGUCAGUGGAGGUUACACUGCGCAGUGA